GCACUGGUGGGCAGCACUGGUGGGUGGGCACAGGUGGGUGGCACUGGUGGGCACAGGUGGGUGGGCACAGGUGGGUGGCACUGCUGGGCACAGGUAGGUGGCACUUCUGGGCACAGGUGUGUGACACUGCAGAGUGGCACAGGUGGGUGCACUGCUGGGCACAGGUGGGUGCACUGCUGGGCACAGGUGGGUGAUCUGCUGGGCACAGGUGGGUGCACUGCUGGGCACAGGUGGGUGAUCUCCUGGGCACAGGUGGGCGGAACUAGUGGGCGCACUGCUGGGCACAGGUGGGCGGAACUUGCUGGGCACAGCGAUCACGGAGAUCGCCGGGUGCGU